AUGAGUGAAGAAGGUCCUCAAGUGAAGAUUAGAGAAGCCACCCGUGAUAAUGUUGAUUUCAUAUUGUCGAAUGUUGAUUUAGCAUUAGCAAAUUCUCUACGUAGGGUGAUGAUCGCGGAAAUUCCUACUUUAGCUAUAGAUUCUGUUGAGGUCGAGACAAACACCACUGUUCUGGCAGAUGAAUUUUUGGCACAUAGAUUGGGUUUAAUACCUUUGCAGAGUACAGACAUUGAGCAACUGGAGUACAGUCGUGACUGUUUCUGUGAAGAUCAUUGUGACAAGUGUUCGGUCGUUCUAACGUUACAAGCAGUUGGUGAAAGUGAAAGUACAACUAAUGUUUACGCAAAAGACCUGUUGAUUGUGUCUAAUCUAAUGGGCAGAAAUAUUGGUCACCCAAUAAUACAGGAUAAAGAAGGAAAUGGUGUUCUGAUAUGUAAGUUGAGAAAAGGUCAGGAACUGAAACUAACAUGCAUAGCAAAGAAAGGUAUAGCAAAGGAACACGCGAAGUGGGGACCUGCUGCUGCUAUAGAGUUUGAAUAUGACCCAUGGAAUAAACUACAACAUACAGAUUACUGGUACGAAGAGGAUAUAAGAAAGGAAUGGCCUCAAUCUAAAAACUGUGAAUACGAAGACCCACCAAACGAUGAUGAACCAUUUGACUAUAAGGCGAAGGCUGAUACCUUCUACAUGAAUGUUGAAGCAGUUGGUUCAAUUGCAGUAGACCAAGUUGUUUUAAGAGGUAUCGAUACUCUACAGAAGAAAGUGGCAUCUAUUAUGCUGGCUUUGAAUCAAAUGGAUCAAGAGAAGGUUAACUUUGCCACUGGUGAUGCUAAAGGCAAUGGAAUAGAAGAAGAUGGCGAUGCUAUGAUGAUGAAUGGUCAUGAUGGACCUUAUGGCGACAAUGGAAGAUCCAGUGAUACUUACGGAAGUGCAUGGUAA